ACGGGAGCAGCUACACUUCCGUGUGGAAAUGGAGCUUCCCGCCGCGGGAGAGCAAGUCUUUGCGGUGGAGAGCAUCGAGAAGAAGCGCAGCCGGAAGGGCAGGCUCGAAUAUCUGGUCAAGUGGCGUGGAUGGUCCCCAAAGUACAACACGUGGGAACCCGAGGAGAACAUUCUGGACCCCAGGCUGCUGGAUGCUUUUGAAGAGAGGGAACGCCACGAGCAGCUCAUGGGGUAUCGUAAGAGAGGACCAAAGCCCAAGACCCUUCUGGUCCAGGUUCCUUCUUUUGCCCGGAGAUCUAGUGUCCUUGCUGACCUUCACGAGUCCUCUCAGGAUGAAGACUGCUGUCACAAGACCGGCUCCGUUCCCACGUUGCAUCUGCAGAGUCAGAAGUACCAUCUGAACCGCAAUAAGCAUCAUCAGUACCAUCCUCUGAGCCGGGACGACCAGACCGAGCGGCACACCAACGCCAAGAACGUGUACUAUCGGCUCAGCACGAAGAAGCGCCACCAUUUCCAACCGGGCCUGAAAUCACCGGGGUCCAGGGAAGUCAACAAAGGGUACAACUUUCCGCCUGUGCUACAGCAAAAAUGGUUCCAGGACAAGACCUCAGGUGUUCUCACCAAAGUCAAGGACAUCACCAUGGAGCUGAAGAAGCUCCCAGCAGAUCUAAACGGUCAUAAAGAGCCGGAGAAGGCAAAGCAGAAGCAUCAUAACGUUGUCAGUGGUCGGAAAUUAAAGAUAGUAAAAAACAAAAAUAAAAAUGGACACAUCGUUAUUGUCAUGAGCAAAUACAUGGAAAACGGAAUGCAAGCGGAAACGGUUCAUAGCUCGGAAGCCCAAUCUGGUGAGGAGCCGUCACAAGGAACACACAACACGGAACGUCACCUCCAGAAGAUGAAGCUGGUCAGAGAACUUGGCCUCAUUAGCGGAUUUGCAAAAACAAAACAAGCCACCUCCGAUUGUGGAUUUACAGGAGAGUGCUCCCAAAAAAAGGAGCAGUCCGCCAAAACGGAGAAUUCUGGAAUGGAAACGGAUCAACAUGUUGAGGUCAGAGGUCAAGCGGAUCAGCCUUUCCAACUGACAACCGAGCCUAAUCGAGUCUCUUUGCCUCUGGACGCCGGAGCUACCUCCUUCGCGGACAGCAUAAGUUUUCCGGGAUUAAAGCGACACCUUCCUGACACGGGCAGCGAACGCCACGGCGGCACCAAGAGAUUUGGGACUGUUUCCCAUAUGGCGUCCUCGCACACGGAGCAAAAUGGCUGCGAAUACGGCGCUCAAGAACAGCCCAUUGACUUGAGCAUCAUCAAGCGCAAGCCUGCGGCGAGCCAACCGGAACCACAUGGACAGGAAGCGUCACAGGAACACACGCCGCCGGAGGAACAAAGUGAAAGUGAAAACACCGCAGACGCGAGAAAAGUGGAGACAUUUCCCGCUCUAAAGCCUUUCCAUGGGAAUAUCAUUAUCACGGACAUUACUACAAACUGCCUCACGGUUACCUUCAAGGAGUAUGUGACGCUUUAACUGGGUUAAUUGAGUUGACUAGAUUAACUGGACCUCCACGCACGUUUUCAAAAGGCAUCUUUUUUGGCCUUUGAACCUCCAGCCAGGGUGAAGACCUUCAAAAAGUCCAACCGCCUUCUGCGUUUGUGUAUGGACUUGUGUCAUAAUCAUAAGGGUGCCCCCACAACCUCAUCACUUCCGAACCGAUACCGAUAUCGAUCCGAUGUCGGCUCCGUUCAUACCUACUUUGAGUACUUUGAGUUCAGUAGCGUCGAAAAGGCUUGAAGUUAGUAUGAGGAGAACAACCCAUCCACAAUCCUUAUGUCAGACAUCAACACGUCUUUCUCUUUUCUGUGCGUUCUACGUAAAGAUUAAAAACGGAUAAAAAGAGGCAGCUAAGAAUGCACGUAAUGGGACGCACCCAUUCCUUCUGGAAUAAAACUUCAACAUUGCUCCACCUAGAUAAUGUCCGUCCAUCCUUACAUCCGCACAAGGGUCACAAGGCAGGGUCCAUCCUGGACUGGUCUCUCAAAUUUCGAGUGGCCAAUCAACCGUUUUUUAACGACAGAACACAAGCUAGUAAGUUAUUGAGUUAGGGGGGAUUUCCUGCAGUAGAAGAUCCGCUACUGGGGUACAUUUUGGAAACGAUCUAUUCCUGUGUCCUACGUGUUCAUAGUAUUCCAUUUUCACAUCUGUGAGUGUACAUAUAAAACCUGUUUUUAUAAGCUUAAUAAAGCUGAAUAAAUAGUACUCUACACUGGUCACUAGGUGUCAGUAAUGGUGGCUGACACACAAGCACCAGGCUACUACUGAUGGGCGCAACAACAACAGGAUUUCAUUGCAGGUUUGAAUGAUCCCAGACACAAUAGUCCCUGAUCCGAGUCACUGGUUGCUAACUUUCUGUCUAAAACGGGUGGGCAAACUACGGCCCGGGGGCCACAUGCGGCCCACCAAUUGUUUGUAUCUGGCCCGGCAGAAUAAUAAAAUGUUUGCAAAAAGUUGACUUCCUGAUUUUACAUAUGAGUUUUAGACUUAAGCGGCGGCCGCUUUGCUAACAUUGUGGUGAAAUAGAUUAAAUAUUUUAGCUACAUUUCUGAAUAUCGAUAUAAAUAUGAAUACUGAAAUAUCCAUAGUGUCAAUUCCAGCUCUUCAUGCUCUGGAAUCCAUUUGGAUUUUUCUCAGAAUUUUGACUUUUUGUCUCCUAAUUUUGAGUCUUUUUUGAUGUUGAUAUUUUGAUUUCCUGCUUGUGCUGUGCAACAAGCUGUGGGUUCGGAGUCCAUGUGGAAUUAGUUUUGCAGCGGCGCCGAGAGCAUUCUCCGCGUGAUAACGGUCACAAAUCUAUACGCCAGAUGAGCCGCGGAAUCCAUCUGCUUCAGACCACCAGCUGGGUGAUCUAUCGUGCGGUCUUCCACACAUCUGUGCAGGUCAGACAGUGAUCAACGAUGAGCUUUUCCUAACUAUGCACAUACUAUGUAGUAUAUACUAGGGGUGUCACAACAUGAUAUUUCAACAAUAUAUUGCAAUAUACUCAUUUCAUUUCCAUUACGGGACGCUCUGCUGCACUCUGUGUGUAUGCAAGCAGCCCCGUCUCCGCCCGCCGAGACAAAGACAUUGUAUGACUAACAAAAGUGCACAUUCUGUAGCAAGUGGCUGAAAGCAAUGCACAGAGUGAACUCUCUUCCUGUUUGUUUGGAGACAAGAGACCAAGAAAACAAAUUAAGUUCAUUUUCAUUUACUGUGGAAUUGAUUCAGGAGACAUUUUGUUUCUGAAGGACUUGAAUCUAGCGAGAUCUUGUGACACUUACUCCUUCGUAAUGUGUCGCGUUUGAGCAGUAAAAAGCAUCCCAGCACCGCCUCGUCUAUCCUGAGUUUUUGUGUGCUAAGUAAACAUCUUUUGUGGUAAUAAAAUGUUUGCAAAAAGUCGACUUCCUGAUUUCACAUGUGAGUUACACGGCGGCUGCUAUGCUAACAUUGUGGUGAAAUAGAUUGAAUAUUCUAGUUACAUUACUGAAUAUUGAUAUAAAUAUGAAUGUUGAAAUAUCCAUAUUGUCAGUUCCAG